AUGCCUGUUACCCCAAGCAAUCACGAAUCAACUGCCAGGGCUGUUGGCAGCCUGGUAUCUGCCCUAGUCGGGAAUGACUUUUACCAGCCCAUAAACUCUGCGCCAUUGCUCACAUUGCAGGAAGAGCUCGCGGCUUUCUUUGAAGUUUUCAACGACAUGCGAAGGAAUCCGAGUUGUGUGGCGGCCCGAUUGGACACAGCUGCAACUCAGCUUGCGCAAGAAUUUGCCCACGAAUUUGCGCAAGAGUCAGACUUCGAGAAGUCGCUCAUGGUUCAAAUUGCCCAGCUCACUGGCUUGCAGUACGACCACGGCGCAAAGAGAAUUCUAGUUGUGGAAGAUUGUGGUUUCAAGGUUGAAAUUCGUCAGCAAAUCACAGCUUGCACGGCGUGUUUCGAAAGCCUGCCUGUAGCAUUGGCAACUGUGCCAAUGGCCAGAUCUGAUAUUGGCAUACUUCUAACUCACAACAAGUUUGGACAAGAGUCAUCAGCGUGUCUGGGCGUGGUCGAGUUGAAGGUGGGCAAAGAAGUAAUCGACGAACCAGUGAAAAUGGCAAAGGGGCCACUUGCGCGGACCGUUGCAUACCUUUUCGGAUGGCAGGUGCCUUGCAUGGAAAGUCUGCAAUUGCCAGUUGACCAUUCUUUAGCUGCCCUUAUAACAGGCCGCAAAAUAGGGUGUUCCGCUGAUGCAGCCGGCUUGUUGGUGGAAGGUACAAAACCUGUCAUGUUUGAUCGUUGGACAUACUGCUGCCCAGCAGUUGUGCAAAGCAACCAAGAGAUCGCUGCAACUGUCGUUCGCGUGCUGGCCACUGGUCUUCGUGCAGCACAUUGCUUCAAGACAAAUCCUCAUGGUAGCAUCGCGCAGUCCGUCACCAACAGUACCCAGAUUGGUUUGGUGCCGCAAGGUUGGAAGCUGAAACUGCUGGGGAGCCCAAUCCUGCACCACUUUGGCUUCGGAGUGCCGAUCAACCAAGGGGCAGCGUUUCGGGACAUCAAUGCCGUCAUCAAGUACAUAGAUUUGCUCGGCGCGCGUGCCAGCCUGGUCAACCGUGUCAACGCGCAGAACCAAGCCAAGCCUGACACGGUGGUAUUGAAGUUGCAAGGCCCGCUUUACCGCCGAUUGGUUUCUGCAAAGGAUUUUCGAAUCGCGCAAAUGACCAUGCACCUGCAAUUCUCUGGGAAGGACUGGGCGACUUUUCCUUAUUAUUGGUAUAGCGCAGAGUUCAGUGGCGUCACCCUCACCAUCACAGAGAAAAUGGUUUGCAAUGAGCUCACACAGGAAGAUGUACGUGCCAACCCGCACAUCCUGGAGGGCAUCGUUCGGCAACUUAGUCAGCUAUUGAAGACCGGCCUUACCCAUUGCGACGUGCGUUUCCCCAACAUUUGCUUGCAUGAAGGCUUCACACGUUUGCUGGACUUGGAGAGCAUU